AUACGUUACGUUGUCGCUAUCCCGUAAUUGCCACUCACGAUCUCUUAGGAGGGGAGGUUAUCGGGAAACCCUAGUUGCCUGCACGAUAGUAGUAGUUGGAAUAAACUAUUCUUGCUCUCGGGAGCGCUACGGGGUCCACUCAGUUCCGAGACUGCGUGUGUGUGCAGAUAAGCCCUGAGAGACGACUGAGAGCCGACUGCGUCUGCGUGGGUGCGUGUUAGGACAAGCGCGGGUGCUGACGCGGGUUGCGUAAGGCGUGACGCAGCGGCGCCUGGCGGCGACUCCCGCGCCCCCCCCCCCCCCCCCGCCCACGUGUCACUCGAGCCAGGGGGAGGGGUAGAGGGGCGGUGACGUCAGCGCGGGCGGCCAAUGGGCGCGCGCCUGGCUUCGAUCGCCGCGGCGCGCCUGCCAGCCCCGCCAGUCGCGAGACAGCGCGCAGACAGCUGCAGUCAUGGCCUUCAUGAUGCCCGUGGUGAAGAACGACUGGGACAUCUACAAGUCGGCGCGGUCGCGGCGCAGCUCCGAGUGCUCCAACCCGCAGACGUGUCGCAGCCGCAAGGUGAGCGAGUGCUCCAAGUCGGAGUGCCCCAGCCUGUCCACGUCUCCGGGCAGCGACCUGGCCGUGGGGUCCCCGGCGCACCGCUCCGUGUCCCUGGCCGUCGCCUCGCCGCAGUCGCCCUGCGCCUCGCCGCCCAAGGCGGGGUCGCAGUCGUCGCUCAACAAGUUCCACAGCCGCCUGGUGGACCGCCUGAAGCGCUCCUUGCGCUCCAAGGAGGAGGGGGGCGCGGCCUCCUGAGACCAGGACACGGGGCAGCUGCUGCGGCCCCAGAGGACCGCGACGACGCCUGUGUCUGUGCCCCGUGCUCGCUCGCAGCCGCGGCGCGCCGCCUCGUCGUACCCCGGGUCGGGCAGCUGGGGCCGCGACUAGGCCUGUGUCUGUGCCCCGUGCUCGCUCGCAGCCGCGGCGCGCCGCCUCGUCGUACCCCGGGUCGGGCAGCUGGGGCCGCGACUAGGCCUGUGUCUGUGCGGGAGUGCGGGUCUGUGAUAUUAGGCUUAGUGCGCGGCUGGGGGAGUGACAACACUCUAAAUACACUAUGUAGGGCGUUCAUACGUUUGCACUGACAACAAGAAAAGUUUUUUUUAUUAUCGGCUCAUCUGCUUCAGCCUUGUCUGCAGUUGUUUUGAUUGUUGCUGGACGUGUGCUGUGGACGGGACAUCGCAGAACAACUUCUAUACGGUAGUUACCUUACAUUCCAGUUAAGCUUGUAGUGAACUGUUUGUUGCGAAGUGUUAUUUUUUAACUGUAGAUAUUUAUAACCCGUAGGGCCUACAUUAUUUGUUGCGAGUUUAGUAUUAAUUUUUGACUAAAAAUAAUGCCAAAAGUAAAAUAACAUGUUCCUGAAUAUAAUAACAUGUAUGUAUAAUAGACGUGUUGUGUUAGUGUUCAUAAAUAUUUAGUUCAAAAUUGAGAUGGUUAGAAGAAAUUUUGUAACUGCCUUCAAACAAAUACGCUACAACCAUAAGCUACAGCUAGCUAAAUGAAUCGUGGUAGAACAUAAUUAGUUUUAUUUAUUCUCUUCAAUAAAAUUAAAUGUCAAUAGGUUUACUUCUGAUUACUUUUAGCAUUACAUUUUGAAAAAAAACUUACGUUAUUUUUGUUUUGAAAACAAAAUGUUCAUUUGAAUCUACUGUAAAUUGUAUAUAUUUUUGUAAUUAUCUGAGACUGUCUUAUUGUAAGUUACUAAAUUAUUACGCUUAGACAUUAGUUAAUGUUAAUUUUUCACCAAAAAUUAAAUCGGCAACUAAGCUUACGGGUUACCACGAGAUGUCUCAUCAGCUGCAAUAAUGUAAUUAAUAUCCCUGCUGUAUUAUUGCAGUCAGGAAAUUAGUGCUAUGAUUAUUAAGUUUAUGUGAUUAUAUUACAAAACCGUUCACUAUUUUUUACACUGUACCGCAUUUCGAUAGUGAAGUGCGUAAUUUUUGAUGUGAAAUACAAAUCAAUGCUGAAAA